AUGCCAGGCUUGUGUGAUCUGCCUGACGAGGUUAUCCUCCUCAGUCUCACCACCAGACUGCUUCGUGCAGCGGAUCUCGCUGCAUUGGCUCUCUCAUGCAGGCGGCUCAAAGCCGUCGCUGAGGACGCGCUGUACACACAAGACAGAGAACGCAAUAGGUCUUCGGUUGUUCACUGGGCAGCAGAGCACGGCAACACCGCAACAUUGGACAAAGCGUUGAAGCAUAGGCUGGAUAUCAACGAGGCGAGCUUGUCCUUCAUAAGCAGACCGAGCCCGUUACAGACUGCUGUUGAAUAUGGCCAAGACUUGGCAGUGGGUUGGUUCCUGGACCAUGGAGCCGACGUUUCCCAGGAAGUCCACUGCCGUUGUCAUAGUGGCGUGACUGGCAUCCUUCACGUCGCACUCUGCCUCGGCCGCGCCUCCACAGCACAGCUUCUUAUUUCUCGAGGAGCUCCGCUAGAGUACCCCUCCGUUGUGGCUGAGACAUCUGGGGCUGAAUACACAGACGCCCUUCUUGAGGCAUCUUUCCAUGGCCUCGACGCUGUUGUAGAAGUGUUGGUCAAAGACCAUGGUAUGAACUUGCAAACGCUGCGUGGUUCUCACCGCAUUGAUACACUUGCUUUCGCAGCGUUCAACAAUGACAACGUGUUGACAAUCAGGACACUUGUGGGUCUCGGAGCGAAUGUCGACGGAAUACACAAAGAAUGGCUGUCGAGCCCGCUCCACUUUGCACUUGAUGAAGGCAACUUCGCCGUGGCGGAUGCUCUGCUCGAUUUGGGUGCUAAAGUCACUUCAUACGAAUAUGAAUUUGAGGUUAAUACUGAGGAUGAGCAGGUGGCUAUUGCAUGGAUACAGGUGGAAGCCGCGCCUUUGGUUGAUACUAUAGCAUCGAUCAUUAACCGGCGAGCGGUCGAAGGUGGGAUUAGUGCUGGAAGAUCCGUCCUAAGGGAAAGUGCCGAAUCGUGGCGGGCUGAGAGAGCUGCUUUGAUGAAGAGGCUUGUCGAACUCGGUGCUGACAUCGACAUGGAACACCCAGGACUCUGGGUACCUGGCUAUUCGCAUGACAUGAGCCCCCUGGGCGUGGCGAUCGCAAUCGGUGACGUACAGGACGUGGCGGAUCUGAUCGCUCUUGGGGCCAACGUGAAUCCCAGAAUGCUAGCAGAUGCAUGGGACAUCUUCGCCACGGGCGAGGACGAAAGCAUGGAGAAGAUCAAGAUUCUUCUGAAACAUGGCAUUAGGCUCGACGAGCCACUCCGGGGCGGGAUGAGUAUGCUGCAGUUGGCAGUCACUUACGCUGUUGACUUUGAUACUACGUCCGGGCUUCACGACAUCCUGCGCAUGUCGUCAACAAAAAAUCUGUCUAGCGACUAUCUGGAUGAAGUCCUUGCGGAGUGCCUUGGCGGCAUGAGGCGCAUUGCCAGCCUGACCUUGGUUCGUCAUGGUGCGCGCGUGUCUUGCAAGAACAAGCUCUUCUCAAUAGCCAUCUGCAUCGCUGAGCACCUCGAGCUUGAGACGCGAGAAGAAGAUAAUUUGGACGACAUAGAUGUAGGGAUGACGUGCCCUGAAACUGAACCGCAGGAUUGCAUGGGCAUCAUCCUAGACAUGGGACUGUCCAGUGAGGAUCAAUGCCUUAUCUUUCAGACUGUCCUGAACAAGAGACAACUCACUCUCGCACAUCUUUUCCUCGACAGGGGACUGGCCGGUAGGCCCGAGGCCGCGCUAUACCUGCCCGCCUACUUGAUGCUUGCUGCUUCCUGGGGAAAUAUUUGUGUUAUCAAACGUCUCUGGCAGCAUGUACACGGAACCCCAGAUCCAACUCUCCUGCUGUUUCUCCAGCAGUCUAUAACUUCAGGCAACAGAGAAGCAGCUUCAUUCUUCGUGGACCACGGCGCCACUGCAUUUGAACGUUUGACACCUACCCAGAUCUUCCGAGAGCACGAGAUGAGGAUAAAAUCACUCGAGGCUUGUCUUUCAGCGGUAAGGAUGCUAAGAGGAUUCAGCGGGACAGAAGGAUCCUCGGACCGUCUUUGGAUGCAAAGGGAGUAUAGGAAAAUGGAAAUUUUCGCAGCGAGACACCCUUUCUACAACCAUGCUCUGAUCCAUUCAUCGCCCUUCCAGUUGGCAGUCCGAUACGGCCAUAUAGGAAUUGUCCGUGAUCUUCUGGAGGCUUUCGAUCCGGCUGAUGCGGACGCAAUCUCUAGAUGUGGGAAAGUUCAUAUACCAUGCGUAUUACGCAAGGCGAAUGAGAUCCGGGAAUUGAUACAGGAGAGGGGAAUCGAGUGUGAUGGUGACAAUCCAUACGCAACCUAA